AGAGACAGAAAGAGAGAGAGGGAGACAGGGAUACAGAGAGAAAAUACGAUCUCUGUCUUUUUUUAACAUUUUAAUCGUAUUAUUGUGUUAAAAUUACCUUUUUUUCUCAAAAAAUAUGGUUACAAAAGUAAAGGUACGUCAAUUUGAUAAUUUUGAAUUGUCUCUAUUUCUUAUAGAAUGAAAGAUGGAUUUUCUACCCUUAAGAAGGAACAUACAAUUUAAUAGUUGAUAUGAUACAUUUUCUAACUUAGGCCUACAGGUUAUAUUUUACUGAGGUCUAAGUUUUGAAUAAGUCUGCAUUCUUCUAUUGUUAUGAAAAAUUUAAUAUUAAAACUAUUUAUACUUUUAUUUAACAGUAGAAUUAAACUUAAAUUACCAUCUAUGUUUUUACUCUUUGAAGGAAAUCGAACUGGAUGAGAUUCAAGAUCAAAACAAAGUUCACUACUCUAAAGAUAAUACUAAUGGAGCUACCAAAGUAAAAGACUGUUUGAUAUGUUUACUCUGCACCGUUAUUUUUAUGAUUUUACUUUUGGGUUUAAUCAUUGGACUAUAUUUCAUUGCAACUAAUUUCAGUUUGUUUAUUUUAUACAUUUUCAAGUUUUAGAAUUAAGCCUAUGCACUAAGAAUUAAUCAUUUUUAUUAAACACACAUGUACGUUUUAGCUUCGAUAAAGGAUAAAGAAGGGGAGAAACUAACUAUUGUUCAAAUGAAAUGGCUAAUUGAUCAGAGUUUUACUGACGGUCUUAAUAAUCAAACCAGCGAAGAAUAUCGGAAUCUUACGCGAAAUAUUCGUGAAUCAAUAAUAGACAUCAUAGUAAAAUCAAAAGAUGAGAGAAUUUCUUCAUUUAAUAAGUUGAACAGUUUUCGCUUUACUCCUGGUAGCAUCAUUGCAGAAUUUGAUAUGGAGAUCUUAACAUUUGAAAGUGCUGUUUUUCAAACAAAAGACUUUAAUACAAUUUUCGAGAAAGAAGAAAGCGCUGCAAUUAUUUCAAAAAUGAAGGUUAAAACAGUUACAGUGCUCAGAGUUAUUCAAAGUGCGGCUUAAGUUCAAAAUAAAGAAGACACGAAGAACCAAAUGAUAUAUUAUCCAACUUUGUCUACAGUUUAAAUUUAAAUAUUCAUACACAUUAUAAAAAUUUUUGAUUAAACUUAUUAAAGUUGACAUUCUUAAGAUGAAAAAACAAUUUUUAUUUAUUAAAGAAAGAUAUUAUCAACAGAAAAAUGAACAAUACAGUAUAUUACAAAAACAAACUUAUUUUGCUAA